UUUCUGUGUUUGUGCUUGUGUGCUGAGGCAAUUCCAAUUGUUUAGAACUCCUGCAUGGAACAAGCGUGAGGGAACCUGUUCCUGCGUGUACAGCCGGAGCCACGGUGUCCCGAUUAUCUGGUUCAGCUCACAACGCUUUAUAAACGUGAUACUUCCAACAGGUGACAGCGCCAAACGACCUAAGCUACUUGUAUCGAUUAAAAAUGGAGAAUACAAAUUGCUCCCGUUAAACAAUAAUAAUUCAAUAAACAACACCACACCUACCAAAAUGCUUCAUCCGAAAUUAUUGAAUGAGCUUUCAUCGUUAUCGUCAGUGUCUAUCCAUACUGGAAGUCAAAACAUGGCUCGCGAGAAUGCUUCAUCGUCAAAACAAACUGUAUCAAGCGAUAAACGCAAGCCGGUUUCUCGUACGAAUAAUGCAAUGGUAGACAAUGUACCGUCCACAUCGAUGGUAGUUCGUUCUUCUUUGGAUCACUUCUCGUUUAUGGAAACAACUGCAUCAACUUCGGGUGCUUGUCAACGAAAACCUAAACCCCUUUCAUCUACUGCUUCAAUGGCAACGCAAACGGAUUUUUCUAGUGGACAGAACGUGGGAUUAGAUGCCAUACUAGAAAAAUUAGACACCAUGCAGAGGGAGCAACAAAGACAGGCAGACAUGUAUCAUAAGAAAAUGCUGGAUAUGGAGAAGCAGCAGAAAUUAAUACGAGCACAGUUAGAUAUUUUAUCCGACAAAUUGAUUCCACGGCCAGGAUUUGUUGCGGAAUCGUCGUUUGAAUGGGAAACGGUGGGGACCAGGGAAGAACUAGAUCGACUGGAGGAAAAAUUGGGGGAACCAGAGUUCAAAAAAAAAUUUAUGGAAUUUUUAGAUACAAAGCUGCCGACCGACAGUUCAGAAGCUAGACUGCAUGAUAGCAUGGACAUUAUAUUCAAAAAGGGUUUUGUAACACAAGCCAACUGGACAGGAUUAGGGCCAGAUAAAGUUUGUUUUUCAAAUUAUGAAAGGGUUAUUCAGAUUUUUAAAUUUAUAGCAACAUGUCAUGGAGUUUCACCCACGGACCAAAGAAUCAAAACAUUUUUCCAAAAUAAGUUUAAACAUUCAAAACAAAGACUUAGCAUGGUGGGAAAAGUUAAAACUGUACCUCAUAGACGCAAAGUUUAGUUUAAUUUAUGUUUAAUUACUACUGUAAUCUUCAGUUUAGCUUCAAGCAGAUAGCAGAAUUAAUGGCUUUUUGUAAAAUUAAAAGCUUUAAUUAAGCCCAGUUGCGUAUCAUGUUCCUAUUAUAGAAAUGUUAAAGAAUUCAAAGAAAUGUUAUUAUUUUUUAUGAUAUAAAAAACGAAUUAAAAUGUACGUUCAACAAA